CACGCAACAAAAAAUCCCCACGAAGUAGAAGUGAAAUCACUUCAAGAGUUUUUGAACAAUAUUCCAAAAAUGGAAUCCCAUUAUUGCCGCAAAAGUUCGGCAAAGCUUUAUUUGUUACCAGAAUGGACCUCAAAAAAAGCCUUGUACAAUUUCUACACAUUAGACUGGUGCACGCCACGGAAUAUCACUCCUCUCUCAAUUGCUAAAUUUAGCAACACUUUAGAAAUUGAAAAUAUAUCACUGUUCAAGCCAAAAAAAAGAUGAAUGCGAAAAGUGCCUCUCUCACAAACUCGGAAAUAUACCUGACACAGAACACAAGGAGCACAUAGAAAGAAAGAAUGAAGCUAGACUUGAAAAAGAACAGGAUAAAAAUAAAGAAGAAUUUGUAUUCACAAUGGACACGCAAGCUGUGCUAUUGGCACCCAAAUCUAAUGUGUCAUCUCUAUAUUAUAAAACUAAGAUAUGCACGCACAAUUUCUGUAUAUUUAAUAUAAAAAAUAAAGACGGAUUUUGUUAUCUCUGGAACGAGACCGAAGGUGGGUUAUCCUCUGACAAUUACGCUACCAUAAUUGUCAAGUUCAUCACGGAGAAACUUUUGCCGAGUAUCCACAGAGAACCUGGACAGGAUACUAAAAUUAUAUUGUACAGUGAUGGUUGUACAGCUCAAAAUAGAAACGUAAUAUUGGCAAAUGCAUUACUAAACGUGGCAACAUUAAACAAUGUCACAAUUCAGCAGAAGUAUCUAGAGGUAGGCCAUACUCAGAUGGAAGCGGACUCGAUGCAUGCCACCAUAGAGAGGAAACUGAAAAACAAAAUAAUUCAUAUACCAGCUGAAUAUGCAGAAGUUUGUGUUGGAGCUCGCAAAAAUCCUAAACCUUACAACGUAUCUUACCUAACCCAUGAAUUUUUUAAAUCUUUCGCAAGUUUACAGUUUUAUAAGUCAAUAAGACCAGGGAAAGCCAUAGGAGAUGCCAAGGUCACAGAUAUUCGUGCCCUACAAUAUAAACAAGGGAACCUGUACUUUAAGUUACGGUUUACAGAUGAAUGGCAGUUACUGCCACAGCGAUGUGAUAAAAGGGUCUCAGUUAAACCUAUUGAAAGCUUACCGAAUCUUCAUGAAAAUCGGCUUAAAAUAAGUAGUCGUAAAUUUAAAGACUUACAACAACUAAAAAGUACCUUGCCGGUGGACUACAGGGACUACUACGACAAUGUGCCACAUGAAGACUCAUAAAUAAAAUACUCUAUGGUGUAAUAAAAAUAAAAUACUUGAUUAUAAAAUAAAAAUACAAAAAUAAACUUACAGUUUGAUUUAAUUUUCCUAUAGAGGUUCCAUAAUACGAUGCAGAGAAAAGUGGGUAACUCCGAUUAUUUACUGUUUUCUUUUAAUUACAAAGAGGGUAACUCCAAAAAUUUAAAUAAUUGCUAUUUAAUCAAAAUAUUUUUUUAAGCUUUUUAGUAAAUUCAAAGUGCAAUAUAAAUAGGCAGCAAAUGGAUUUUUGGAAUAUUGAUAUUGUAAGUAUUAAUUUUUUUAAGAAGUUUUUUUGUGUUCCUGUAAAGUUUUAAAAAACGGAGUUAGCCGCUGUGCAAGUUAAGCCAUCG